UGUAUUUUCUAAAAUAACAUGGGAAACUUGAUGCUGUUUAUAAUAAACAAGUAAAACCAGCCAUUACAAAACUUUAAGAAUCAUUUCUUCUUGAACUUAAUGUCAAUUUCUAGUUAGUUUUGGCAAAAAAUUUGUUAAAAUUCGUUUUUUGUCACUUGCAUUGUUGAACGAAAAAACCUAAAAAGCAGUAUGGAACCAACUAUUCUGCACAACCUGCAAAAGGUUGAACAGUUCAAGUCUUUCGAUCUCACGUAUUUCCUCAUAAUCUACGCCAUCGUUGUCCUAAUGGUUCUGGGUAUUCCUCUGGCGUUUCUAUUGCAAAACAAGGGAUCGCCCUUCGAAAGGAAUCGUUAUCGAUUGGAAGCCAAUCGUUUGGAGGAGGAUACGAUGGGAAGAAGCGAAGCCCGCCGACGAAUCCGGGACUCGAGCGCCUAAUAAGCUUUUAAUAUUGAUGUUGAUAUUCAUGGAAAUACAUUGAAUGCGAGACAG